AUGUCGCUGGAUCAGUCGCAUUACGACGUCGCCCUCUUCAGCACCGGCCUCACGCAGAGCAUCCUCUCCGCCGCACUGUCUUCGGCAGGAUUGUCAGUGAUCCACAUCGAUCAAAACGACUACUACGCCGAUCAGUGGGCAAGUCUCACGCUUUCUGAGCUUCUGAAAUGGGCCGCCAAUGCUUCGACCACGUCGGAGCCGGAGCAUAACAGACGCGCGACCGACGUCAGCUUGACAUUCCCUGCUUCCACUGAGCAUGAGGCAUCACAGUCCAGCACACCUUCCAAGCUGCCAGAGUCGCUGGCGUCCCUCGACCGGCACUAUGCGAUAUCGCUCGCACCGACCCUCCUUCCCGCAACGGGUCCCUCGAUCGAGUGCCUGAUCAGCUCCAAAGUUUCUUCCUACGCCACCUUUCGCCUUCUCGAACGCACAUGCGUCGCUUCGCCUUCUGCACAUGGUCCCGACGGCUCAGCUCUAACGCUGACUAGCGUUCCUGCGAGCAAGGAAGACAUUUUCAAGACAAAGACGCUCUCCCUGAUCGCCAAGCGCAAACUCAUGAAGUUGCUCAUGUACAUUGCCACCGAAGACUGGCAAUCUGAGCUUGCGCAGGAUUCAGAAACAGCCAAGCGGCCGUUUGUCGACUACCUGGCACAGGUGCACAAGAUGCCGUCGGAUCUCAUCGAUGCGGUGGCCUACGGUGUCUGCCUAUGCUCGACUCCACACGAGACCACCGAGACCGCCAUGUCUUGUGCCAAAAGCCACAUGUCGAGCGUCGGAAGGUAUGGCAACUCCGCCUAUCUCGUCGGCCAAUACGGUGGCGCAGGAGAGCUUGCACAGGGCUAUUGCCGCGCCUCGGCAGUCAAGGGAGGCAUGUUUAUCCUCGCACAUCAGGUGCGCUCUGCAAAAUACGACAAGGAAGCAGCCAAAUGGAGCAUCGAGGUGAGAGACGUCGAUUCGACCAUCACCUCCGACCAUCUCGUUUCGAGCGACGACAUGCUCGAACAGCUCGGCCUCGGCAGCCGCAGGGCCGCGGCAAAUGCUGCAGACCCAUCACGCAAGCUAGACGUGCUGCACCGCGCUGUCUUGGUCCUAGAGGAACCUAUCCGCUUCUCACAUAGUGCCGAAACCAAAGCGCCAGACUCGAUUCAGCAGGACGCUGACCAGCAACAAGAACAAACACAGCCCGAGCUGCCUCCCGAGACCGGUCUCAUCGUCUUUCCGCCUGGUUCCAUCGGCGGCAAUGCAAACACGGUGACCGUCUUGAUGAUGGGCGAAGGCACCUUUUCGUGUCCAAAAGGCCAAUACGUGUACUAUGUGCAGACCGAGGCGUCGGAAGCCGAGGCGCAGAGGCCUGUGCUGGAAGUGCUGCAGCCUGUGCUCGACCAGAUCGUUGCAUGGACGAGCUAUGACGACGCCAGCAACGACGCUUGGCAACCUCGCGCGAAACCAUUGGUCGAGUUGACGUACCGGCAGCACGUCUCAUCGCAUGCAGGAGAGCAUGACGAGGCUGGUCUGUCGCGCGUUGCGUUCCCGCCACCACAAGCUGAGGCGUCAGCAACGACACGUCCGACUGCAUCGAUUGCGGGUAUGACAGAUGCAGCAGUGCACCAAGCCGAGCGUGUAUACUACGACGUUCUGGCCUCACGCUUGCCUGCACGAGUUGGCGGCGAGAGCCAUGAGGACAAGGUGAAGUGGAUCAGGAAUGCAGUCGAGGAGCAAAAGGCGGAAAGGAAACGCCGAAAAGGUAGGGACCCGUCCGAGUAUCAGGGCAGAGGCGGUCGGGGCGCCGACGACGGCAUCACCUCUGCAGGUCAGGAUGCUGAGGCGGGGGCGCUGCCGGUCCACGAGGAGAACGCGUACGUGGUCGGAUUUUUCGAGUCGAGCUCGAAUCAGGACGAUGAUGAUCAGGACGACGCGGAUGAGGCACAGUAG